AUGCCCGAUAAGUUACCCCUCAGCAAAGUCCCCCCCAACUUUCUCGGGCUCAAUUCGGUCGAAAGGGCCGAGCCUGGCCCCGUCACAGAGUUCGUCAAGCAACACCAGGGCCACACCGUGAUAUCCAAGGUGUUGAUCGCCAACAACGGUAUUGCCGCGGUCAAAGAGAUCCGAUCCGUUCGCAAGUGGGCCUACGAGACCUUUGGCGACGAAAGAGCUAUCCAGUUUGUCGCCAUGGCAACGCCCGAGGAUCUCGAGGCCAACGCCGAAUACAUUCGUAUGGCCGACCAGUGCGUGGAGGUGCCUGGCGGCACCAACAACAACAACUACGCCAACGUCGAGCUUAUAGUGGAGAUUGCGGAACGCACAAACGUCCACGCUGUGUGGGCUGGCUGGGGCCAUGCCUCCGAGAACCCCAUGUUGCCCGAGAUGUUGGCUGCGUCGCCUAAAAAAAUCGUGUUCAUAGGUCCCCCAGGUUCUGCCAUGCGUUCUUUGGGUGACAAAAUUUCGUCCACAAUUGUUGCUCAGCAUGCUGAGGUGCCAUGUAUCCCAUGGUCAGGAACCGGUGUGGCCGACGUCGAAAUCGAUAAGGAAACCAACCUUGUGUCGGUGUCUGACGAAACGUACGCCAAGGGCUGCUGUUCGAGUCCUGAGGACGGUUUAGAGAAGGCCAAACAGAUCGGCUUUCCCGUGAUGAUCAAGGCCUCCGAAGGUGGAGGCGGCAAAGGUAUCCGUAAAGUCGACAACGAGGACGACUUCAUCGCCUUGUACAACCAGGCUGCCAACGAAAUCCCUGGCUCCCCAAUAUUUAUCAUGAAGUUGGCUGGCUCAGCCAGACACUUGGAAGUUCAACUUUUGGCCGACCAAUACGGCACAAACAUUUCCCUCUUCGGCCGUGACUGUUCUGUGCAAAGACGUCACCAGAAGAUCAUUGAAGAGGCUCCUGUGACAAUCGCCAACCAGGAAACUUUCCGUGAGAUGGAGAACGCCGCCGUCAGAUUGGGUAAGCUAGUCGGUUACGUUUCUGCCGGUACUGUCGAGUACUUGUAUUCUCACGCCGAGGACAAAUUCUACUUCUUGGAGUUGAAUCCUAGAUUGCAGGUUGAGCAUCCAACCACUGAGAUGGUCACAGGUGUCAACUUACCAGCUGCACAGUUGCAAAUCGCUAUGGGUAUCCCCAUGCACAGAAUUAGAGACAUCAGAACCUUAUACGGUGUGGACCCACACACAACAACAGAGAUUGACUUCGAGUUUAAAUCAGAGACUUCUUUGACUACCCAACGCCGUCCCAAGCCAAAGGGCCACUGUACGGCGUGUCGUAUCACUUCUGAGGACCCAGGUGAAGGGUUCAAGCCCUCUGGUGGUAGCUUGCACGAAUUGAACUUCCGUUCUUCGUCUAACGUGUGGGGUUACUUCUCUGUGAGCAAUCAGUCAUCGAUUCAUUCAUUUUCAGAUUCCCAGUUUGGUCAUAUUUUCGCCUUUGGUGAGAACCGUCAGGCCAGUAGGAAACAUAUGGUUGUGGCCCUUAAAGAGUUGUCGAUCCGAGGUGACUUCAGAACUACUGUCGAGUACUUGAUCAAGUUGUUGGAAACCCCCGACUUCGAGGACAACACCAUCACCACUGGCUGGUUGGACGAGUUGAUCAGCAAGAAGUUGACCGCAGAGAGACCCGACCCUAUUCUUGCAGUUUUAUGCGGUGCUGCUACCAAGGCCUUUAUCGCUUCCAGAGACGACAGGAAAGAGUACGCUAUGUCUCUCGAGAAGGGCCAGGUGCCAAACAAGCUGUUGUUGCGGACGAUCUUCCCUAUUGAGUUCAUCUACGAGGGUCACAAGUACAAGUUCACAGCCACCAUGUCCUCUGAAGAUGCUUUCACAUUAUUUUUGAACGGUACGAGAGCCGUGGUUGGUAUUCGUUCUCUUUCUGAUGGAGGCUUAUUAUGUUCCAUCGACGGUCAGUCUCACUCCAUCUACUGGAAAGACGAACCGUCUGCUACCAGACUUUCUGUUGACGGCAAAACGUGCUUGUUGGAGGCUGAGAACGACCCUACGCAAUUGAGAACCCCAUCUCCGGGUAAACUUGUGAAGUACACUGUCGAGUCUGGCGAGCACGUUGUUGCUGGCCAGGCGUACGCCGAGGUGGAAGUCAUGAAGAUGUGUAUGCCUUUGAUUGCCCAGGAGAACGGUGUUGUGCAGACAAUCAAGCAGCCUGGCUCUACGGUCAAUGCAGGUGACAUCUUGGCCAUUUUAGCCUUGGACGAUCCAUCCAAGGUAAAGCACGCUUUGCCUUUCGAGGGCACUUUGCCUGAAUUUGGUGAGCCAAGCAUUCAAGGUACUCGUCCAGUCCACAAAUUCAAAAAGUACUCUUCAAUCUUGAGAAAUAUUCUUGCUGGUUACGAUAACCAGGUCAUCAUGAACUCCACGUUGAAGAACUUGAUUGAAGUUUUGCGUGACAGGGAGUUGCCCUACUCUGAGUGGAUCAUGCACUGCUCAGCUUUGCACUCGAGAUUGCCUAUUAAAUUAGACGAGGCCUUGACUGCUUCUAUUGAAAGAAGUCACUCCAGAGGUGCCGAAUUCCCUGCAAAGAACCUCCUCAAACUCAUGAGCAAAGCCGAGAAAGAAAGCUCCGAUCCUCUUUUCGGCAGCAUCGUUGCACCUUUGGUGGAUGUCGCUAACAGAUACGCUAAUGGCUUGGUAGAGCACGAGUACCAAUUCAUCUCAAGUUUGAUCAAUGAGUACUAUGAGGUGGAGAAGUUGUUUUCCGGCGGUGUAUCGCGUGAGGAAGACGUCAUUUUGAAGCUUAGAGACGAAAACAAGUCUGACUUGAACAAAGUGCUGAUCAUUGCUCUUUCUCACUCUCGUGUUUCUGCAAAAAACAAUUUGAUUUUGGCCAUUCUUGACGCCUAUCAGCCAAUUUUGCAACAGUCUGCCACUAUCGCUACUCCUAUCCGGGAAUCCUUGAGAAACAUAGUGGAGUUAGAAUCCCGUGGAACAGCCAAGGUCGCAUUGAAAGCCAGAGAGAUCUUGAUUCAGUGUUCUUUGCCAUCCAUUAAGGAAAGGUCAGAUCAGUUGGAGCACAUCUUAAGAUCUUCCGUUCUUCAAACGUCUUACGGUGAAGUAUACGCCAAAUACAGAUCCCCAGCCUUCGAUGUUAUUCGUGAGGUCGUUGAUUCAAAGCACACAGUCUUUGACGUUUUGUUGCAAUUCUUGGUGAACCCGGAUGAGUGGGUGGCCAUGGCUGCUGCUGAAGUCUACGUUCGCCGUUCAUACAGAGCGUACUCCUUGGGACCAAUUACCUACCACUUCCACGAGCAAGAAAAGUUGCCUAUCAUGGUGUGGGCGUUCCAAUUGCCCUCUCUUUCUUCUCAUGCUGCUCCCCAUGCUACUUUCAAGAACGACGCCAGCUCCAUGGGCAGAGCCGCCUCGGUUUCCGACUUGUCAUUCGUUGUUGACAACAAGAAGGAGCUGAAUGUGAGAACAGGUGUUUUGGUUCCUGUAAAGCAUAUUGACGACAUGGACGAGAUGCUCAUAGCUGGUCUCGACAAAAUCGAGCCUUCCGAUGCUAUUACCUUCCAGGCCGGCUCUGAGCCUGAGUACAUGAACGUUGUAAACGUUGCUGUAACUAACAUUGACGGCUAUGAAACCGAAGAGGAGGUUUUGGCUAAGGUUCACGAAACAAUUGAGGACACCAAAGAGGAAUUGAAGGCUGCUGCUGUUCGUCGUAUCACCUUCGUGUUUGGUAACAAGGUCGGUUCCUACCCUAAGUACUACACCUUUACUGCGCCAGACUAUGUCGAGAAUAAGGUUAUCAGACACAUCGAGCCUGCUUUGGCCUUCCAGUUGGAGCUCGGAAGAAUGGAAAACUUUGACAUCAAGCCCAUCUUUACCGAUAACAGAAACAUCCAUGUCUACGAAGCUGUGGGUAAAAACUCCCCAUCUGACAAGAGAUUCUUCACUCGUGGUAUCAUCAGAACCGGCGUUAUUAGUGAGGAUAUUUCUAUUGCCGAGUACUUGAUUGCUGAGUCGAAUAGGUUGAUGUCUGACAUUUUGGAUGCCUUGGAGGUGAUUGACACUUCCAACUCAGACUUGAACCAUAUCUUCAUCAACUUCUCUGCUGUAUUCAACGUUACCCCUGAGGAUGUUGAGGCUGCAUUUGGCUCGUUUUUGGAGAGAUUUGGCAGAAGAUUGUGGAGAUUGAGGGUCACCAGUGCCGAAAUUAGAAUCUCUUGUGUGGACCCCGCCUCUGGCCAGCCAUUCCCAUUGAGAGCUAUCAUCAACAACGUUUCUGGUUAUGUCGUCAAAUCUGAAUUGUACAUGGAGAUCAAGAACAAUAAGGGCGAGUGGGUGUUCAAGUCAAUUGGCAACCCUGGCUCUAUGCACAUGAGAUCCAUCAACACUCCUUACCCUGCUAAGGAAUCCUUGCAGCCCAAGCGUUACAGAGCUCACAACAUGGGAACCACAUAUGUAUACGAUUUCCCGGAGUUGUUCCGCCAGGCAACCCUUUCCCAGUGGAAGAAACACGCUAAGGACUCUAAGAUUCCAAAAGACUUCUUCGUUUCUGAGGAAUUGAUCAACGACGACAAUGGUGGAUUGACCGCAGUGGAAAGAGAACCCGGCUCGUCCAAGAUCGGUAUGGUUGGCUUUAAGGUCUCUGUCAAGACCCCAGAAUACCCGCACGGACGUCAAUUUAUCAUCGUUGCUAACGACAUCACUCACAAGAUUGGUUCUUUCGGUCCGGAGGAAGACGAGUUUUUCAACAAGUGUACCGAAUUAGCUCGUUCGUUAGGUAUUCCAAGAAUUUACCUUUCCGCCAACUCUGGUGCCAGAAUCGGUGUUGCUGAGGAGUUGCUUCCAUACUACAAGGUUGCUUGGAAUGAGGAGGGCAAGCCUGAGAAGGGUUUCAAGUACUUGUACUUGACCUCGGCCGAUAAGACGGCUCUUGAUGAAAGCGACAAGGGCAACGCCGUUAUAACAGAAAGAGUAGUUGAGCAAGGAGAAGAACGCCAUGUCAUCAAGACCAUUGUUGGUUCUGAAAAUGGUCUCGGUGUUGAGUGUCUUAAGGGCUCCGGUUUGAUUGCUGGUGCUACUUCCAAGGCUUACAAAGACAUCUUCACCAUCACAUUGGUGACGUGCAGAUCUGUGGGUAUUGGUGCCUACUUGGUGAGAUUGGGUCAGCGUGCGAUUCAGAUCGAAGGCCAGCCAAUCAUCUUGACAGGUGCCCCUGCCAUCAACAAGUUGUUGGGUAGAGAGGUUUACACUUCAAACUUGCAACUUGGUGGAACACAAAUCAUGUACAGAAAUGGUGUUUCUCACUUGACUGCUACUGACGACUUGGCCGGUGUGGAGAAAAUCAUGGAGUGGAUGUCGUACAUUCCAGCUAAGCGAAACACUCCAGUGCCAAUUUUGCACAGCAAUGAUCCUUGGGACAGAGACAUCGAGUUUGCUCCAGCACAGAAGGAACCUUACGACGUCAGAUAUAUGAUUAAUGGACGUGAGCUUGAAAAUGGCGAGUUCGAGGCUGGCUUAUUCGAUAAGGGCUCCUUCCAGGAGACCUUGUCUGGUUGGGCCAGAGGUGUUGUUGUUGGACGUGCCCGUCUUGGAGGAAUUCCUAUUGGUGUUAUUGGUGUUGAGACCAGAACUGUGGACAACUUGGUUCCUGCUGACCCUGCCAACCCAGAGUCUACUGAAAUCAUGCUUCAAGAAGCUGGUCAAGUGUGGUACCCCAACUCUGCUUUCAAGACCGCUCAGGCCAUUAACGAUUUCAACCACGGUGAACAGCUACCAUUGAUGAUCUUAGCUAACUGGAGAGGUUUCUCCGGUGGUCAGCGUGACAUGUUCAACGAGGUUCUCAAGUACGGUUCCUACAUUGUGGAUGCCUUGGUUGAUUUCAAGCAGCCUAUCUUUACCUACAUUCCACCUCACGGUGAAUUAAGAGGAGGUUCAUGGGUCGUUGUGGACCCUACCAUCAACGCUGACAUGAUGGAGAUGUAUGCUGACGUUGAGUCUAGAGCCGGUGUGUUGGAACCAGAAGGGAUGGUUGGCAUCAAGUACAGGAGAGACAAAUUAUUGGCUACCAUGGAGCGCUUAGACCCAGAGUAUAAUGCAUUGAAGCAGAAGCUUAACAGUAAGCUCGAGCCUGAGGAGCACGCGAAGGUGGCUGCUCAGCUUGUUGCUCGUGAGAAGUUGUUGAUGCCUAUCUAUGCUCAGAUUUCAGUCCAGUUUGCUGACUUGCACGACAGAUCGGGAAGAAUGUUGGCGAAGGGUGUUAUCCGCAAAGAGAUCGAGUGGGUCCACGCGAGAAGAUUCUUCUUCUGGCGUUUGCGCAGACGUUUGAACGAGGAGUACUUGUUGCACAAGAUUGGCGACAUCGUAAAGAACGCCUCUCGCUUGGAGAAGGUUGCUCGUUUGAGAAGUUGGAUGCCUACAGUUGACUACGAGGACGACGAGGCUGUAAGCAACUUCAUUGAGACAAAUCACGCUAAAUUGGGCAAGCGUAUCGAGGAAUUGAAGAGCGAACAGAACCGCCACGACUUAUACAAGCUUCUCAAGAAGGACGGUCCAGCUGCUAGUGCUGCCAUCAAGGACUUCUUGAGCACCUUGCCUGCGGCCGAAAGACAGCAGUUGCUUGGCAAUCACUGA